GAGAAAAGGAAAGUGAAAAAUGAAAAUAGACGGCGUGAGAAAUAAAAGCCGUCGCGCUUUGCUACACGAAUCGUUGACCGCUACAUGCCACCAAAGCUGGGGCCCAGAGUAUCCGUUAGUUUAAAGUGAAAAGCUUUUAUCUAUCACAAUUUGCCGAAACAAUUUCUAUCUUCGCGUCGCUGCGGUAAGAGAGACAGCGAGUAUAGCUAUUAAACGCUACUCUCAAAAUUGUACACGACACCUCCCCACUCGCCAACGCGUUGCUUCAUGUCAGUUUCCAAUUUCUGUAUCCGAUUCCUUCCAAACUCUUCCCUAUAAAAAUCCCAAAUCUUAUCGGUUUCAAAUUCACUGGCAUUCAUUUCUUCUGCAUUCACCAGCUCAUUUAACUCAUCAAAUCUCGAUUAAUUUGGUAGAGAAACAAAAAGAGAGAGACAAAAUGCGCGUGAGCAACAAUCUGGUAGGAAUUCUGAACUUCGUGACGCUACUGCUUUCGAUUCCGAUAAUCGGCGGCGGGAUAUGGCUGUCGAAGCAGGCGGACACGGAUUGCGAGCGAUUCCUGGACACGCCGGUGAUCGUGCUGGGGGUGUUCGUGCUGCUCGUGUCUAUCGCGGGGCUGGUGGGGUCCUGCUGCCGCGUCACGUGGCUGCUGUGGGUGUACCUGCUCGUGAUGUUUCUGUUGAUCCUGCUGCUCUUCUGCUUCACGAUCUUCGCUUUCGUCGUCACGAAUAAGGGCGCCGGGAAGGCUGUUUCCGACAGAGGAUACAAGGAGUACAGGCUUGGGGAUUACUCCAAUUGGUUGCAGAAGAGGGUCAACGGUAACUGGGGUAAGAUUAGGAGUUGUUUGGAGGAUAGUAAGGUUUGCCAGAAGCUGCUUGCAGCUGGGUCAACUCCAGUCACUGAGUUUUAUAAGGAGCAUCUCUCUGCGCUUCAGUCUGGUUGCUGUAAGCCAUCAGACGACUGCAACUUCCAAUAUAUCAGCCCAACAAACUGGACUUCUAGCGCAACUCCCACAUCCCCGAAUCCAGACUGCGCUAAAUGGAGCAACGAGCCAAACAAAUUGUGCUACGAGUGCGACUCAUGCAAGGCCGGGCUGCUGGAUAACAUCAAGAGUGACUGGAAGAAGGUGGCUGUGAUCAACAUAGUCUUCCUUGUGUUCCUCGUCAUCGUCUACACGGUGGGAUGCUGCGCCUUCAGGAACAACAGGGAAGACCACUCUUGGAAACGAUACCCUUGAAUUGAUUCUUCAAGGUAUCGAAUGUAGGUAUAGUAUCGUCGGGGGCUGCUUUGUUUCCAACCUCUCUUCUCAUUUCUUGCACCUUACAUAUCAUCAGCCUGUUUCUGCUGGUUUUCUUUGGUGUACAGUGCAUUUUUUGUUUCUUUGGCUUUUAUAUAACCCUUCCCUUUCUAGACCAUGUUACUAUGUUGAUACUAUUUUAUUACCUAUUAUUUUUGUGACUUCAUUCUAUACAAAUCUAGCAUUAUGCAGAAGUGUGCUUGUUAUUGAUAUAUAGUAGUAUUACCUAUUAUUUUUGUGA